AUGACAACACCACCACCACCAAAAGAGACCGAGCAAGUCAACUUCAGUGACGGAAGCACCAGGACUCUAACUCAGUUCCGUUGUCCCAAAUAUUCAUGCUCGAAACCUGAACCGAAAGAGCCAUCACAACAUCAACAGCCCUUUGCUUCGAGGGCUUGGGCAUAUCUCAAUGAAGAUGUUCGCCCUUCACACUUUGCUGAGAUGCAGCUUGUGCUGUUAACGUUUUGUAUUGGGUUGCAAGACUUCCACGCCUUCGCCUCCAACCAAACCGGCAACACCGUCUUCCUAAUGCUCGCCAUUGCCCUCCCGCAAUUCAACCCCUCCAUGUUCAUCACCGCCAACAUCGGGUGCUCCCUCGGUUUCUUUCUCGGUUCCGCCUGGCUUACCGGGCAGUUAGGGCACAUCAUCGGCCCGCGCCGACGCUUAUGGCUUUUGGUAACCAACACGAUCCAAACUUGUUUGGUGUUCAUCGCCGCCGCUUUACAGUUUGGUAGUCACCACACCAACACCCCCGGCAAGGACCUUUUUGAGAGCGGUAGCUUGGACGGAUGGGAUGCAGUGACGGGAACCAGGACACUCAUUUGCAUCGCUCUGCUAGCCUCAGCGGCUGGGUCACAGGUUGUACUGUCAAGAAGUCUGAACAUGACGGAGAUUACCACCGCCAUGGCGACGGCUGCUUGGUUGGAUCUUGUCAUUGACAAAAACAUGUUCAGAUCGCUCAAGAAGAACAAGGGGAGAAACAGACGGAUGGCGUUCCUGACUGCUUUGGCGGUCGGGAGUCUUUGUGGUGCGUAUAUUUAUCGGGAGGUGGGGAGUGCGGUGGUGAUCACGAUUUCGGGAGGUGGGAAGGCGGUUGUUUUGGGGAUGUUUUUGUGCGCUCCCGGGGAGAAAGUGAAAAAGGGGGAUGAGGAGAGGGGGAAUGUUAAUGAGAAGGAGGGAAAGGUUAAGAGUAAUGUUAUGGCGAAGGAGGGUGCGGGUGCUGUGAAGGGGGGCGAUGGGAAUGGGAGUGGGAGUGGAAGUGGAAGUGAUGAGGAGGUGGAGGUGGAAAGAAGGGGACCUGGACGGGGGGAUGAAGCGGUUUAA